CCAUGAUUGUCAACAGAGUGGCUAUGUCCGCCGUUAGCGUGGAGGAAAAGCUCGCUAAAAUGGACAACGAGGACAAAACUUGCCCUGUUUCUAACAGCGGAGGCGGUGAUGGAUCCCUGGACCGGCUCCUUCCCUCUGUCAGUAUGGGCAUUUCUCCCAGGAAAAGGACCACCAGCCAGUGUAAAUCUGAGCCCCCACUACUGCGCACCUCCAAACGAACCAUCUACACGGCCGGGCGGCCCCCCUGGUACAAUGAACAUGGAACUCAGUCUAAAGAGGCCUUUGUCAUCGGUCUUUGUGGCGGCAGCGCUUCAGGAAAAACAACCGUAGCCCGGAAAAUUAUUGAAGCUUUGGAUGUUCCUUGGGUUGUAUUACUCUCAAUGGACUCCUUUUACAAGGUUCUGUCUCCAGAGGAGCAGAUCCAGGCCGCCAGCAACAACUAUAACUUUGACCACCCCGAUGCCUUCGACUUUCAUUUGCUGACUCACACCUUGCGCAAACUUAAACAGGGCAAAAGUGUGAAAAUCCCAGUGUAUGACUUCACAACUCAUGGGAGGCAGAAGGACUGGAAAACUGUAUAUGGAGCCAGUGUUAUCAUCUUUGAGGGAAUCAUGUCCUUUGCAGAUAAAGAACUACUUAAGCUGUUGGACAUGAAGAUCUUUGUGGAAACGGACUCCGACAUCCGUUUGGUGCGUCGGUUGAGGCGGGACAUCACAGAAAGAGGCCGAGACAUCGAGGGUGUCAUCAAACAGUACAACAAGUUUGUGAAGCCGGCUUUUGAGCAGUACAUUGAACCCACCAUGCGCCUGGCGGAUCUUGUGGUGCCACGUGGUGGUGGCAACAUGGUAGCCAUCGAUCUGAUUGUGCAGCAUGUCCACAGUCAGCUGGAGGAGAGGAAACUUCGCUGGGAUAUGGCAGCCCUGGCUUCUGCACACCAGGCCCAACCCCUCCCCCAAACCCUCAGCGUUCUGGAGAGCACCCCCCAAGUCAGGGGCAUGCACACGAUCAUCAGAAACAAGGAAACCAGCCGUGAUGAGUUCAUCUUCUACUCUAAGAGGCUGAUGCGUCUGCUGAUUGAACGAGCGCUCUCCUUCCUCCCCUCACAGGUGCACGUUGUCGAAACGCCACAGGGGGAGGAUUAUGAAGGCAGGGUUUUCAACGGGAAGAGGGUAACAGGGGUGUCCAUCCUGCGAGCGGGGGAGACCAUGGAGCCAGCUCUGAGGGCGGUCUGUAAAGACGUCCGCAUCGGCAAGAUCCUCAUCCAGACCAACCAGGACACGGGGGAACCAGAGCUUCAUUACCUUCGCCUGCCCAAAGACAUCAGUGAAGAUCAUGUGAUUCUGAUGGACUGCACCGUGUCCACCGGCGCUGCUGCCAUGAUGGCCGUCCGAGUCCUGCUGGACCACGAUGUUCAGGAGGACAAGAUCCUGCUGGUUUCUUUGCUGAUGGCAGAAAUGGGAGUCCACUCAGUUGCCUACGCUUUCCCACAGGUCAAAAUCAUCACCACAGCCGUGGACAAGAAGGUCAAUGACGUCUUUCACAUCAUACCUGGCAUUGGAAACUUCGGGGAUCGGUACUUCGGGACGGACGCACCACCUGACUGGAGCGACGACGACAUGGAUGAGCCCAUAUACUGAUCGUUACUUUACUGAUUCAGGACUUUCUCCUCUGUGGGAGUUAUGAGUACAGUUUGCCUCUGUGUGGCUGCCGUGUAGAAAAACAAGACGAACCUGAAAUCAUCAAUUGAAAAUAGAUAAACAGGUUAUUCCUGUUGUUCAACCUGAUCUGUCAACUCUAUUACGUCU